AUGGCACCGACUUUAACGAUAGCAAAUCUCCAUCUGCUGGCUACUCAAGAAUUUAAUUCAAGUUACCCACCUCGUGGAGAAUCUCAGCAAUCGUUGCGACAAUCAUUGAAAAUACGUCAAUUUCAACCCGCUGGGCCUGCCCAGUCCAUCGUUCCGGCUUCGUACAGUGAUUCUGAUACCGGGCUCGAACCUGGUGAGGUCGUAGGCAUUGUAAUCGGCUCAGUUGCUGCUGUCCUACUUCUUUGUUGGCUAUUUAACUCACUCCUGAAUCACAAUAGCAAACGCAGUAUCCGUCAUUCAACCUUGGCGGCUGGGUCCCGGCGACACAAACAUCGGCGUGGCCGCAAACGUUCUCACCGACGAACGGUAAAGAAAAAGUCUAGAACUCACCGCUCGUCUGAAGUUCACUCCAGGUCUGCGCCUAUGGCUAGUCUAGAUUAUACGACUCCUUCCAGACCACCGAUGACACCGCCCUUAGUGUACUCGGGCGCUCCGAGAAGAAUGAUGAUUGAAGAGAGUGAUCUUCACAAUAGUCUCUCGCUACCCAACGAUGAGAUACAUGUGCUAGAAGAACUUACAUCUUCAAGUGAUGAAAUAUCCGUAUUCGAAGAACCACCCUCGCCUAGGCAGAAGGAAACUGGGUCUACUCAUAUCUACGAAUAA